AUGAGCGGCUUCGCUGAUGGUUACCUGAGCGUCAGCCCCGAUGAGCACGCAAUCAUCAUCGGUAUCGACUUCGGAACGACGUUUUCUGGAGUGAGCUGGGCAUUCUCAGGUCAGCCGAACGACAUCGAAGUCAUCACAAGAUGGGAAGCAGAGCUCAACUACAACUCCGACACUGAGAAAACCCCUUCCACCCUUCUCUACCAUGGCCCAUACGGAGAGCCCAGUUGGGGAUAUGGAAUUCCGGCUGCGACGUCUGCGGAGCCACUCAAGUGGUUUAAGCUUCUGCUCAUCGACCAUCAAGACCUUCCGAGAGAGCCGCAGAGUUCUGCACAGAUCGCCACAGCCAGAAGGCUCAUGUCUGAGGCGAACAUGGAACCAGUCGACGUUAUUGCCGGCUAUCUGCGUCGACUUUGGAACCACUCCAUUGAGUGCAUCACUCUCUCAACCGGAAAGGAGCUGGUCAAGAUGUGCAGGUUCCACGUGAUUAUCACUCUACCUGCCAUUUGGCCGGCUUAUGCCAAAGCACGUAUGAGACGUGCUGCUCAAGAGGCUGGCAUUUUGGAAAACCGUUCAGCUGGAGAGACUGCUGGAGAGACUGUUCUGUCUUUCAUCUCGGAGCCUGAGGCUGCAGCUCUGGCCACAAUGCGUGAUCUCUCCAACAGACCCAACAUCAAGCCCGGCGAUCAUUUCGUCGUCUGCGAUGCGGGUGGCGGUACUGUUGACCUCAUCUCCUACGAAAUCACCGAUACAAAGCCGAUGGUUGUCCGUGAGGCCGUCAAGGGUAAUGGCGGCCUGUGCGGAGGUGUCUUUCUUGAUGAGGGGUUCGUCAACUUGAUGAAAUCGAAGAUUGGCUUGGAGUCCUGGGCCAGUAUGUCCAUUGAAGACAUCAAGAAACUGAUGAACGGCGACUGGGAGCACGGUAUCAAACAACAGUUUGAUGCCCGGCCCCGUGACUGGCCCGUGACGCUGCCGGCAGGGUGCUUCAAGCCUGGUCCUUCUCGUCGCAUGAUGAAGAAGGAAACGAUUACACUCAAUCACUCUGACUUGCUUCCGGUCUUCGAGACGAUCUCUCAGCAGAUCAUCAAAUUGAUCCAAGAACAGAUUGAUGGCAUUCGUGCUACCUCUGGCAAGCUUCCCAAGUACGUCAUACUGGUAGGAGGCUUCGGUAGAUGCCGUUACCUUUCCAGACGUAUUCAAUUAGCCCUUAGCGGUGCUGUGGAGCUUCUCCAGUCACAAGGCACUCGGCCGUGGACUGCCAUUUGUCGCGGUGCCGUCAUCCAAGGACUCACUCGCAAUAAUCUGGCUUUAGGUCUUUCGGUGCGAGUGAAGUCGAGAAUCGCCCGUAUGAACUAUGGCACUACUUUCGACCCGAAAUUCGACCCGAAGCUUCACCACUUCAAAGACAAGCUCUGGGACGAGAUUGAGCAGGACUGGAAGGCCAAAGACCAGAUGGAGUGGUACAUGAAAAAGGGAGACGACAUCACCGACAAGAGGACUGUUCGCCAUCGAUUUUACGAAAGAUACCUCACAGCCCCAUCGGAAAUCAUUCAAGAACUGUUCCACAGUGCAGCAACCCCUGCACCUAAGCGCGCGGAUUCCACGACAAAGCGCCUUUGCACAAUCACCUGGAACAGAAAGGUCAACUUCGACACUCUCCCGACCUUCACCAACAUCCUUGGGAAGGUCUACCACGAGCUUAUUUUUGAUAUCGAGAUGAUAAGCGAUGGAGCAAGCCUCGAUUUCACUAUUUUCCAUGGCGGAAAGCGUGUUGGGGGCAAGAACGUCAUAGUUGAGUUUGAGCCGGAGGGAGGUGAAGCUUUUGGUCGAGCUUUUAACGCCUGGUUGUGA